AUGUUUAGGAAAUAUAGGCGUCGCCCAGAGCGCAGCCGUACAUCUUGCGCUAUAUGGGCUCCGCAUUGGAGAGCAGACCAUCAAACGACGGCACGCUCCCCGGACGUGCCGGCUAGAGGGGACCGGGGCGGGGGAUUUUACGAAUACUUUUAUUGUUCACUAACAAAUACAACUUUGGCACACCCUUACAUUCGCGAACUUGCUAUGCAGAACUGCGAGAACUUUAUCAGUAUGGUGUACAAAAAUACACCACUUCAGACUUACACCAGAGAAACUCCAAGAGCUAGAAGAAUAAUGCUUAAAGUAACUGAAGAGAAGCUAAUUAGUACUAUUGUCUUCAUAGUACUAUUGUAUUUUUGUUAA